UUCAUUCUUUCACAAUUUUAUGUGCAACGUGCGGCGAGCUAUGGCCGUGGCCUACGCACCGUUUUGAGAGGCGCGUUGCGUCCAUUCUCCUCCGACGCGUUGGUGGAGAAGCCCAGACCAGGCGAGAUCGGAUUGGUUUCCGGUAUUCCCGAUAAUCACCUUCGUCGUAGGGUUGUAAUUUACUCUCCUGCUAGAACUGCUACUCAACAAGGAUCUGGAAAGGUUGGAAGGUGGAAGAUUAACUUUUUGUCAACCCAAAAGUGGGAGAAUCCGUUGAUGGGCUGGACAUCAACUGGAGACCCCUACGCCCAUGUUGGCGAUUCUGCUCUGUAUUUUGAUAAUGAAGAAUCAGCCAAGGAAUUUGCUGAGAGACAUGGCUGGGAGUAUGUGGUCAAGAAGCCACACACACCAUUGUUGAAGGUUAAAGCAUAUGCAGACAAUUUUAAGUGGAAAGGUUUACCUACCAAAUAUUUAGAGGUUGAUCACUUCAACAAAAAACUGAAACUGGAGUGAUAAAACUUCUCCUAAUUCUCUCUUUAUCUCAAUAAGUUUAGUAUUUUUGACAUUUUUCAUCCUCCAACUUGUAAGGGCA